GCCUCAGGUCGGGGAAGCCUUGGGGCUCUCUUCAGAAGGGAUCACUUUUUCUCUGUCCCCUGAUGGGAUGGUUUGAGAAGGAAAUGUGAAGACCCCGAGAAUUUAUAAAAACUGAUUCAUAAAAAUGACAUCCUGGUUAUAUGAAUGUCUUUGUGAAGCUGAACUUGCACAGUAUUAUCCUCAUUUUACUGCCCUUGGCCUUCAGAAAAUAGAUGAAUUAGCCAAGGUUACAAUGAAAGACUACUCCAAACUGGGAGUCCAUGACAUGAAUGACCGCAAACGUCUCUUCCAACUGAUCAAAAUCAUUAAGAUUAUGCAGGAAGAAGAGAAAACAGUCAGCCCAAACCAUCCUUUUCAGACAAGCAGCCAGUACCUUAAGACUCAAAAAUUCAAAUCUGGCCCUUGCAGACAACUACAGUUUGAUUCUCCUAAUGACAACAAAGACAGAAUUGCUAGCAAAAAUGGGUUUGAAAUGCAUAAUAUGUCAGAUUUCUCUGAAAAUGAGCAGAAGUCCACUAACCUGAAAGUACUGGAACAUGUGCUCCCAAAUGAUUCCCAGUACCAUAUAAAAACACAAACUCCGAGUGCCACUGCUGCUGAUUCCUAUGUGCAAACAGAAACAAAUGCUUCAUUGUCUUCAUCAAAUCUCUUUUCUCCGAUACUGGGAAAUUGUGAUAUUCCCAUUAUUCAGAGAAUCUCUCACGUUUCGGGGUACAACUAUGGAAUCCCUCAACCUUGUAUCAGACAGAACACCUCAGAUAAAGAGAAUCCUUGGACUGAGAUGGAGAAAAUCAGAGUUUGUGUUCGAAAACGGCCUCUGGGAAUAAGGGAAGUACGUCGUGGAGAAAUUAAUAUUAUUACUGUAGAAGACAAAGAAACUCUACUUGUGCAUGAGAAAAAAGAAGCAGUAGACCUCACACAAUAUAUUCUACAGCACGUUUUUUAUUUUGAUGAAGUCUUUGGUGAGGCGUGCACCAAUCGAGAUGUAUAUAUGAAGACCACUCACCCCCUCAUUCAGCAUAUUUUCAAUGGAGGCAAUGCCACUUGCUUUGCAUAUGGACAGACAGGUGCUGGAAAAACCUAUACUAUGAUCGGAACCCAUCAGAACCCAGGAUUGUAUGCUUUGGCUGCCAAAGAUAUCUUCAGACAACUGGAAGUGUCCCAGCCACGAAGGCACCUUUUUGUGUGGAUCAGUUUCUAUGAAAUCUACUGUGGACAGCUUUAUGACCUCCUAAAUAGAAGAAAAAGGCUCUUCGCAAGGGAAGACAGCAAGCACGUGGUACAGAUAGUGGGACUGCAAGAACUCAGGGUGGAUACCGUGGAGCUCCUCUUAGAGAUGAUCUCAAAGGGCAGCAAGGAGCGCAGCACCGGGGCCACUGGAGUUAAUGCAGAUUCCUCCCGCUCCCAUGCUGUCAUUCAGAUUCAGAUCAAAGAUUCAGCCAAGAGGACAUUUGGCAGGAUCUCUUUCAUUGACUUGGCUGGCAGUGAAAGAGCAGCAGACGCCAAGGAUUCAGACAGACAGACAAAGAUGGAAGGUGCAGAAAUAAACCAGAGUCUUCUGGCUCUGAAGGAAUGUAUCCGAGCAUUAGACCAGGAGCACACCCAUACUCCCUUCAGGCAGAGCAAACUAACUCAGGUUCUGAAGGACUCUUUUAUUGGCAAUGCCAGAACUUGCAUGAUUGCGAACAUCUCACCAAGCCAUGUGGCCACUGAACAUACUCUGAAUACCUUGCGCUAUGCUGACCGGGUCAAAGAGCUAAAGAAAGGCAUUAAAUGCUGCACUUCAGCUACCAGUCGAAAUCAGAUAUCUGGGAAUGCCUCUCCAAAAAGGAUUCAGAGCUCUCCUGUAGCCCUGCCAGGGGACAAGUGUUCUCCAAAAAAAGUCAAGCUGGGGUUUCAGCAGGCAGUCACAGUGACACCUGGCUCCACAAAAGGAAAGUCCCAACCUCUGGCUAGCCACUCACCCAACAUUCCUUGUGCUUCUGUACCUAAGAUCCCCGGUAAAAGGGGCAGCUCCAGAGGGAGUCUUCCUCAAGAGUGGGCCAUGCAGACUGGCUCUGUCAAAGAAACCAUGCACUCUGGACAUUUGGCCAAAAGAGCAGAAGAAUCAGUACCAUUGUACUUUGAGAAAAGUCACAUUGUCAACAAGACUUCACUUGCUUGGGGGCGCAGGAUCUCAGGCCCAGGAGAAGGCCCGGCACGUGGUAAGCUGCCCCCGAAGUGCAAGAAGGUACAGACUGUGCAGCCAGUACAGAAGCAGCUUGUGGCUCGCCUUGAGCUCUUCUCUGGCAGCAGCCACCGCUUAGCAGAAGGCAGUCGGAGCAGCAAGGCAGGCUUACCUGCCAGGCCUGCAGCUGAAGCUUGGACACACAUUCCUGCACAUCAGAAGGAAAGGGAGGAGCAUUUGCGUUUCUAUCACCAGCAGUUCCAGCAGCCACCUCUCCUCCAACAGAAGUUAAAAUACCAACCACUGGAAAGAUUCUUAUGCCAGUACAGGACCCCAGAGGGCCCGCUUCAGAACGAGGCUCCUAUCAUCCAUGCUUGCUCUGAGAGCCAGGAUGGCACUCAGGGCGAGGACCUUGAUGACAGUGACUUCAGCGAAGAUUCUUUUUCACACAUCUCCAGCCAAAGGACUACAAAGCAGAGAAGCACGCUGGAGAAGAGCGCAAGCUCUUUCUUCCUUCAUCAGAAGGGAGAGCAGAGGCCAGAAGAGCAAGUGGCAGAAAGGCAGCAGAGUCUGUGUUUUAGCUCCAGGACAGAUGGAGAUGAGAAUGCUCUAGCUGAAAGCUGGGUGUACCCUGGGGACCCACUAGGCCACAGACCAACAUUCAGUCAUCGCCACAGCCCAAGUAAGCUGCACUUAGACUGGAGCCGAGAAGAGGACUGUACCUCCUCAGAGGUAGCUCCCAGAGACACGCCGGCAGAGAAGCCUCCCUGCUCACAGGUCAACUUUGUAUAUACCCAGAAAAGAAGUGAUGGCCCAGUCACAGAACUCAGUCAGGACACCUGCGGAAGUGAGGCUCCUAGAGAGCCGGAGGGCAGCUUGCCAUCCCUGGAAGAUGGUUCCUCUUUCUCUCUAUCCCACAUUGCAGGGUCUUCUCUGGAGCAGCUGGCCCAAGACAGGGUUGUGCACAGUCUCGUGGCAGAGAGCACAGGGGUGCCACCUGUGGGCCACACAGUGUUACCUGACCACCAAGAGGCAGCUUUGCCAGGGUCUUCAGCCACUGGGCACCUGUGGCUCUCCUCCUCUCCCCCUGACAACAAGCCUGGAGGUGACCUUCCAGCUUUGUCCCCAUCACCCAUUCGUCAUGAGCCACCUGACAAGCUGCCCAGUAGGGAGGCUGACCAGAGACAGCCCUGCCAGAGCAGGGAGCCCGAGCUCUUCUCCCAAGAACUUCUGAGCAGUGAGAAGUAUGGUACCGAUGCUGAGGAGACUGGGCUGGAUGGCUGGUGGAAUUUCCUGGGAAAGCCCUCCUCUGCCACACGAACUGGGAUACACCAUUCUGGAUCUGCACUUGCCCAGCAAAUGGGAAGUUGUGAUGUGGCUGACCAGCCCUGGGGCCAGGAUAGAAAAUAUCUUAGGGGGCUCAGUUGGCAGGAGCUCAGUUUAACCACAGACCCUGUCAAGUUGCCUUGCAACCAUGAGGACAUCACAUGGCUCAAGCAUAGGCCAGUGUCAAGGUGCUUGGUAUCACCAGACUCUCGCCUGGUUCCCAGCUGCUCUGCCAGGACUUCAGGGACACUGACUCAGCCCACCCUGGAGCAAGCACAGCAGGUGGUCAUCCAUGCACACCGGGAACAACUGGAUGAAAUGGCUGAGCUGGGCUUCAAGGAAGAGACUCUGGUGAGCCAGCUGGCUUCUAAUGAUUUUGAAGACUUUGUUACCCAGCUGGAUGAAAUCAUGGUUCUCAAAUCCAAGUGCAUCCAGAGUCUGAGGAGCCAGCUGCAGCUGUACCUCACCUACCAAAGGCCCUGAGAGAAGAGCUGUCAGAAAAAGGUCUUACUACAAGUGGUGGGGACCAUAUAGGAGAGGCUUGUGCAGGGCUGUCAGGCUUAGCAAGCCUUGUCCAGUUCUUUCUUGCACACACUGCAAUCUGUUCCCUAGGGCCUUU